UAAAAUUACAGACUAAAUUACAGACUCUCCUAUGCUCAAAAGAGGUUAGCCGCUCCUCGGUCUCUUUGCCGUCUUUCUCUUCAGUGUGAGCAGCGGUCAUAUAUAUAUAUAUAACAUACGCGUUUCCGUCCGGGGUCCGUCCUGCUUGAUGGAGGCAAAUUCAAAAUCCCAACGGUCACAUUAGCUAGCUAAGCACAUCAUGAGGCAUGAUUUCCAAAUAGCAUGGCCUUUCCGUCCCUUCGCCACCUCCUCGCCAAAUCCUCCUCUCUCCCUCCAAACCCCUUCUCCAAAUGCCUCGCCCUCCGUCUUCCCUUCUCCACUUGUCUGCCCGAGCCGCACUCGCCCCCCACCAAGAGAAGAACCUUCUCCCACAUCUUCCAGCACUGUGCCAAGCACCAAGACUUGAACCCAGGCCGAGAAGCCCAUGCCCAGAUGAUCACUACUGGCUUCGUCCCAACCACCUUCGUUGCCAACUGUUUGAUGCACAUGUACGUCAGGUGCUCGAAUUUAGACUAUGCUCGUAAAGUAUUCGACCGCAUGCCUGAGAAGGACACCAUCUCUUGGAAUGCAAUGAUUUCUGGGUACAGCGAAAGCGGUGCGAUGGGCAUCGCAGAAUCCCUCUUUGAUGCGAUCCCCGAGCGAGAUGUUAUCUCGUGGAAUUCGCUGAUCUCAGGUUAUUUGCAGAACGGGAGUUCUUAUUCAUCCAUCGAACUCUUCUUACAGAUGGGGCGUAGCGGGAUAGAACCAGAUCGUACUACCUUUGCUAUCAUUCUUAAAUCUUGUGCUGCAUCAGAGGAACUUGAAUUGGGUUCUCAGAUUCAUGGAAUGGUACUGAAGAUGGGUCUGGAUUUUGAUGUGGUGACAGGGAGUGCGGUCGUGGAUAUGUAUGCGAAAUGCAAGAGUCUGGGUGAUUCGCUUCAUUUUUUCUUUGAAAUGCCUGAAAGGAAUUGGGUCUCAUGGAGUGCAGUUAUUGGGGGUUGUUCUCGAAAUGAAAAAUUCAUUGACGGAUUGGAGUUGUUCAUGGAGAUGCAGCGUUCAGGAGUAGGAGUGAGUCAGUCAGUUUAUGCGAGUGUUUUCAGAUUAUGUGCAGGUCUGUCCUCAGUUAGAGUGGGCAGUCAAUUUCAUGGGCAUGCGUUGAAGAACAAUUUUAGUACAGAUAUUGUAGUAGGGACUGCUAUUUUGGAUAUGUACACAAAAGGUGAUUGCUUGGAUGAUGCUUUGAGAGUGUUUAAGUGGAUGCCUACCCGAACCCUGCAGUCAUGGAAUGCCAUUGUUGUUGGGUUUGCUCGAAGCAAUCGAACGCUCGAAGCUAUGAAUCUAUUUCAACUCAUGAACAGAUCUGGGGUUGGUGUCGACGAGAUCAGCUUAUCUGGUGUUUUCAGUGCUUGUGCAGAGGUAAAAGGGUAUUUCCAGGGUUCACAAAUUCAUUGCUUAGCUAUUAAAACUAGUUUGAUCUCGGAUAUUUGUGUUAGGAAUGCAGUACUGGAUAUGUAUGGAAAAUGUAAAGCUUUGACGGACGCAUGCGAUAUUUUUGAGGAGAUGGACCGAAGAGAUGCUGUCUCCUGGAAUGCUAUUAUCACAGCUCUUGAGCAGAAUGGACAGUAUGAAGAGACGCUGGCACAUUUCAGUCAGAUGUUACGUUGCGGCAUGGAACCUGAUGAGUUCACUUAUGGCAGUGUUCUUAAAGCUUGUGCAGGAUUGCAAUCUUUGGAUAAUGGAAUGAAGGUCCAUGACAAGAUUAUCAAGUCAGGACUUGGUUUGGAUUCAUUCAUUGGAAGUGCUCUUGUUGACAUGUAUUGUAAAUGUGGGAUGAUGGAAGAAGCUCAGAAACUUCACCAGAGAAUAGAGAAGCAAACACUUGUAUCAUGGAAUGCCAUCAUAUCUGGAUUUUCUCUUCAGAAACAAAGUGAAGAGGCUCAGAAUUUCUUCUCUCAGAUGUUAGAUAUUGGGAUAAAACCUGACAACUUCACAUAUGCCUCGGUACUUGAUACUUGUGCGAACCUUGCCAUGGUUGGUCUAGGGAAGCAAAUCCACGGUCAGAUUGUCAAGCAAGAGUUGCAGAGGGAUGUGUUCAUAUCAAGCACUCUGGUGGACAUGUAUGCUAAGUGUGGGAACAUGCAGGAGUCUCUUUUAAUAUUCGAAAAGAUGCAUGAACGGGACUUUGUGUCAUGGAAUGCCAUGAUUUGUGGUUAUGCUUAUCAUGGCCUUGGAUUAGAGGCACUUAGAAUGUUUGAGAGGAUGCAACUAGAGAAUGUGAGACCGAAUCAUGCAACAUUUGUAGCAGUUCUUCGAGCUUGUGGGCAUGUUGGUUUGGUUGAUGAUGGCAUGCACUACUUCCAAUUGAUGACCAACCACUACAAAUUGGAGCCUCAAUUGGAGCACUAUUCAUGCAUGGUGGAUAUAGUAGGGCGCUCAAAGGGCAUCCAUGAAGCUUUAAAUCUCAUCAAUGACAUGCCAGUUGAAGCUGAUGCUGUUAUAUGGAGAAAUCUUUUGAGUGUCUGCAAGAUCCAUCGAAAUGUAGAGGUGGCAGAAAUGGUGGCAAAUAAUAUACUGCUGCUGGAUCCUGAAGAUUCUGCAGCUUAUAUUCUUCUGUCAAAUAUAUAUGCAGAAGUCGGCAAAUGGGGGGAAGUUUCCAAGAUAAGGAGGAUAAUGAGGCAGAGUAGGAUGAAAAAGGAGCCUGGUUGUAGUUGGAUUGAAGUGAAGAACGAGAUGCACGCCUUUCUUGUGGGAGAUAAGGCUCACCCAAGAUGCGUGGAGAUAUAUCAGAGGCUAGAUGAGUUAAUUUGUGAGAUGAAAUGGGCUGGAUAUGUGCCUAAUUUAGAUUCUUUCCUUGAGGAUGAGGAAGAGGAGAGAAGAGAUCAGAAAGAGCAGCUCCAAUUUGGUAAUGUUUGAUCCACCAAAAUGUGGUCUUUCGGGCAAAUUUAUCGUUAGGACCAGGUUAUGACUGCAUUUGAUAUGUCUGUUCAAAGCAGCUAUAUAUUCCUCCAGUGGAAGAAGUACAAAUCAAUGCAUCUUUCCCUUGGUUAAAAAAAUGGGUGGACUUCUACAAGAAAAAAAAAAAGGGUGGCCUAGUGUACGAGGCUUCCGCUAUUACUUGUCUAGGAUGGGUUAGAUGUAUGCAGUCUUGCCCCUGCUUGCGGAGAAGCCAUUUUCAUGUUUCAGGCUCAUGACACCCAAGUUACAAUCAAGCAACCUCACCAUUGUGCCAAGGCUCAUCCUUAAAAUGUUGGACUUCUGUGUUCUGAAAUUAAUCCUUUUUGUGCAGCAUAUACAAAUUCAAAGUGUCAAAAUAUGUUUCAAAGACCCCUUAAAAAAAUAAUCAAGGUUUUCCUUAACCUUUUUUCAAUUACUAGAUAUCCAUUUGGCUAUGAAGCAAAAGCCUGAGGUAUAUUAGCACCCUCACGAAUGACAGAGCUAGCUUACAUCGGGUGUUUGUUUCAGCAUGAUCCAAAUACUCUAGCAUAAUUUUGGAAGGAAGAAAUCAGGUUGAAUGUUGGUCAAUAAGGUUUCGAUCUUUUAUGGAUCAUUCUUUUACGAGCAAGCUCCCAAUUCUUGUAAUGUAUAUUUUUAGUGAUAAUGCAUAUUUUUUUAAUUC